CCGAAGGGAGAUGAUUCUUAGACGCGCGUCCCUUCAAACCUGUGCGGCUGUGACCUAAAUUGCUAGUAAAACCCUAACAUAAACCCCUGUAGCGCGAACCCAAUUGAAAGAGGUUUCCGUUUUUAAAACAGACCUGAGAGAGAGAGAGAGAGGCUAAGAGAGAGAUGAGGAAGAAAGUAGAUGAACGCAUCAGAACUCUCAUCGAUAAUGGCGUCAAAACUCGACACCGUUCAUUCUUCGUCAUCAUCGGUGACAAGUCUCGCGAGCAGAUUGUGAACCUGCACUAUAUGUUGAGUAAGGCGGUGGCGAAGUCGAGGCCGAAUGUUCUCUGGUGCUACAGGGAUAAACUUGAGCUUAGCAGUCAUAGGAAAAAGCGUGCUAAGCAGGUCAAAAAGCUAAUGCAAAGGGGCCUCUUGGAUCCUGAAAAGGUCGAUGCUUUUUCACUUUUUGUUGAAACAGCGGGAAUACAAUACUGCCAGUACAAGGAUUCCGAAAGAAUUUUAGGGAAUACAUUUGGCAUGUUGGUGUUACAGGAUUUUGAGGCUAUGACUCCAAAUCUUCUUGCUAGAACUAUAGAAACAGUGGAGGGUGGUGGUCUGGUUGUAUUGCUGCUGCGUAAAUUAGCCUCACUAACAAGUCUUUGCACUAUGGUUAUGGACGUUCAUGAGAGGUAUCGUACUGCCUCUCAUUCUGAAGCUACUGGACGCUUCAAUGAGCGCUUUCUACUGUCACUCACUUCAUGUAAAGCAUGUAUAGUUAUGGAUGACGAGCUAAAUAUUUUACCCGUUUCUUCCCAUAUGAAGUCGAUUACCCCAGUUCCAGUCAAAGAGGACUCGGAGGGACUCUCAGAAGCUGACAAGGACCUGAAGGAUUUGAAAGAUCAGUUAAGCGAUGAUUUUCCUGUUGGUCCUUUGAUCAAAAAAUGUCGGACUUUGGACCAGGGAAAAGCAGUGAUCACAUUUCUUGAUGCAAUAUUGGAUAAAACUCUUCGUAGCACAGUUGCUUUGCUUGCUGCUCGUGGUCGUGGAAAGUCUGCUGCCCUUGGUCUUGCAAUUUCUGGAGCUAUUGCUGCAGGGUAUUCCAAUAUCUUCGUUACCGCACCUAGCCCUGAGAAUCUGAAAACUUUGUUUGAGUUCAUAUGCAAGGGAUUUGAUAUGCUGGAGUAUAAGGAGCAUUUGGAUUAUGAUAUUGUGCAAAGCAACAAUCCAGAUUUUAAGAAAGCCACUGUGAGAAUCAAUGUUUACAGGCAACACAGACAAACGAUUCAGUAUAUACACCCGCAUGAGCAUGAAAAGCUUUCCCAAGUUGAACUGUUGGUGGUUGAUGAAGCUGCAGCAAUUCCGUUGCCAGUUGUGAAGUCAUUACUUGGGCCUUACCUGGUCUUUCUUUCUUCAACAGUUAAUGGUUAUGAAGGUACAGGGAGGUCACUAUCGUUGAAAUUACUGCAGCAAUUGGAGGAGCAAAGCCGUGUCUCUACUAAAAGCUCUGAAAGCUCUCUUUCUGGCCGGCUUUUCAAGAAGAUAGAAUUGGCCGAAUCUAUUAGAUACGCAUCUGGUGAUCCUAUUGAGUCCUGGCUUCACACUUUACUUUGCUUGGAUGUAACCAGCUAUAUUCCCAAUAUCAACAGGUUGCCUCCACCCAGUGAAUGUGAUCUUUAUUAUGUUAAUCGAGAUACACUAUUUUCUUAUCACAAAGAUAGCGAAUUAUUUUUACAGCGGAUGAUGGCCCUAUAUGUUGCCUCUCACUACAAAAACUCUCCAAAUGAUUUACAAUUAAUGGCUGAUGCCCCUGCUCACCACUUGUUUGUGUUGCUUGGCCCUGUUGAUGAAUCAAGGAACCAUCUUCCUGAUAUUCUCUGCGUCCUCCAGGUUUGUCUUGAAGGACAGAUUCCUAGUAGUUCAGCCAAAAAGAGUUUAUCUGAGGGUCAUCAGCCCUAUGGAGACCAAAUUCCUUGGAAAUUUGCUGAGCAGUUUAGGGACACCGUAUUCCCAACUCUUUCAGGUGCUCGUAUUGUGCGCAUAGCCACACAUCCAAAUGCAAUGAAGCUUGGGUAUGGUUCGACAGCUGUGGAACUUUUGACAAGGUAUUUUGAGGGACAAUUUACCACUAUAUCUGAAGUUGAUGAUGAAAAUGCUUCUGAGCCUUCACAUAUGAGAGUUACUGAUGCAGCAGAGCAGGUUUCGUUACUAGAAGAAAAUAUUAAACCUAGGACAGACCUACCUCCUCUGCUUGCGCAUCUUCAUGAACGAAGACCUGAAAAGCUCCAUUAUAUUGGUGUCUCCUUUGGGCUUACUCUGGAUUUACUUCGCUUUUGGAAGAAACAGAAAUUUGCGCCAUUUUAUGUUGGUCAUAAUCCAAAUUCUGUCACCGGUGAACACACUUGUAUGGUUUUAAGACCACUAGAUAAUGAUGAUAUUGAAACUAGUGGAAUAGAUGAAUGGGGUUUUUUCGGUCCUUUCUACCAAGAUUUCAGGAAAAAAUUUACAUGGCUACUGGGAUCUUCUAGCUUUCGUACGAUGGAAUACAAGCUUGCGAUGAGUGUACUGGAUCCAAAGAUAAACUUUACAGAUGUGGAGCCAUCUUCAUCAGCUACAAGGGAAUCAUCAUAUUUGUUUAAUCAUGUUUUGUCGGGGUACAGUAUGGCUAGGCUUACGGACUACGUGAACAACCUUAUUGAUUUUCUUUCGAUCUCAUAUCUUGAACCCAUUUUUGCAACACUCUACUUUGAGGAAAAACUUCCUGUUACUCUGUCAUACACCCAGGCUUCUGUACUGUUAUGUAUGGGAUUGCAGAGACAAGAACUCUCAUAUGUCGAGGGGGCAAUGAACUUGGAAAGGCAUCAAAUUUUGUCACUGUACAUAAAAACCAUGAAGAAGUUCCACAAGUAUCUAACUGGUAUAGCCACCAAGGAGAUUGAUUCAGUUCUACCUCGACCCAAAGAAAUUACAAUGAAACCUCAUGCAAUAUCUUUGGAUGAAGACCUUAACGAUGGUGCCAAGCAAGUCAUGGAUAAGAUGAAAGCGAAGCUGGAUGAGGAUGACACAUUAAACCCAGAACACCUCCAAAAGUAUGCCAUCGAAGUUGAUUUUGGCAGCGCGCUGAAGAAUGGUAACGGGAAGAUACCUUCAAGUGGUCUUGUCAGUGUGAAAUCAAGUAGAAGUGCAGGAGAAAAACGAGUAAAAAGUAAAGAUAGCCAGAGUAAGGAUAAGCAACAUGGUUCAAGAUCGAACAAGAAGAGGAAAUCUCAAUAGGCUGGAUUGUGAGUUGUGCUGUCUACUGUAGGAAUAGAUGUCUCAGUUUUGUAAGAUGUUUUAUGCUAUAUAUCAUACAUACUUCCGUAAUUUCAAUAUUUUUGUAAUUCAAAGGAACAUCCCCCAUUACAUAACUAUGUCAUCAAAGAUCACUAAUAUAUAGUUAGUUUUGCUGGAAUGAGAGAACCAUAAGAUCAUCGGGUCUUUGUUGUAUGGCAAUUCCGCAAAUUUGGUUGUA